ACUCUCCGUCUCACUCUCCCAAUCACAGUCUUCGGUUUCAUCGACCCGGAAGUGAAGACAGUCACUUGCCUUCCUGGCUCGCCCGUUAACUACUCAGAUAAAACCAAUCUCUUUCUGUCUCCCAUUUCUACGAAUUCAAUAACUGAUUCUCUCUCAUUCUUUCUGAGCAAUGGCUUCGUCUCUGACUACAGCUUCAGCUUCGGCCUCAGCUGUGAGCAAAGCCUCAACCACCUUGACUCGUUUGAACAAUAAUUGCACUCACUUCCAGCUUUCAUUUCGUCUCCCUCUCAAGCCCAGUCUCCCCCUUUUGACCAAGGGUUUCCUACCUGGUCGGAACUAUACCAAUGUGGUAAAAGCUCGAUUGAACAAGGUUGGAGUUGAUGGGUCCUCAAAUGCUGAUUCCACUCCCUCAUUCCAGUCAGAAGUAGUGGCACCAGAAGCAAAGGAUGCUAAACCAUCAAAUGAUCCCUCUUCUGGAGCUUUGGUGACGGAGGAAUCAAUUUCUGAAUUCAUUGCUCAAGUUUCAAGUCUUGUUAAGCUUGUUGAUUCCAGAGAUAUAGUGGAGUUAGAGUUGAAACAGCUUGACUGUGAAAUUCUAAUUCGUAAAAGGGAUGCCUUACCUCAACCACCUCCUUCCACACCAGUUACUUCUACGCAUUCACAUGCACCAUUAGCAGUCUCCCCAGCCCAACCUGCACCUGCAAAUGCUCCUUCCCUACCUCCUACAGCCCCUAGUUCAUCGACUUCUGCUGUCAAGUCAGCAAAGUCAUCACUUCCACCUCUUAAAUGCCCCAUGGCAGGGACAUUCUACCGAAGUCCAGGCCCCAGUGAACCUCCAUUUGUGCAGAUUGGAGACAAGGUACAGAAGGGACAGGUAUUAUGCAUCAUUGAGGCCAUGAAAUUGAUGAAUGAAAUAGAAUGGUCAGUGAGAUUUAUCAGGGAUAUCCAGGAUUGGGAGGUGGGGGACAUCACUGAUUUUUACAGCUUGCUCUAUGCUCUAAACUUCAAGUCGGGAGGGGAUGAUAGAUUGCUUUGGAUUCAUCCUGGAAAUAAGAUAUUCUCGCUUAAAUCUUUGUACAAGGCUGAUCAAUCGGGAACCAUAGUUGAGAUUGUUGCAGAAGAUGGCAAGCCUGUCAGUGUUGACACGGUAAAUUGUUCUCGGCCAGCUCAAUUUAUAGCUUGCAAGUACCCGAUCAUGGCUAAAGCUUUGAGCUACCAGUCGGGGAUGGUAAUUUAGGCUUACAAAGGAAAUCCAUCUGGUCUUACACUAAGUUGGGUGGGGAUUCACCAGCAAAAGUUUAAUGAUGAGUGACUUUUUUUUGAAGCUGGGAUGGCGAGAAGAUAGACUCCACAAAGCCCACGUUUAGAAUGCAACACAAUAGGGGAAUUUCAGCUAUUGAAUUCAAAAAUAGGAAUUUGUUAUGGAUUGCUGUUAAUAGUUGCUACUGCUUGUUUAGCUUGUAGUAUUCAGAUUGAACACUAGAAUCCCUUCUUGAUUCUAACUCCUGUAAUAAACUUGAGUCUUCAUCUAUAUGAUUAUGAAGCAGACGUGUAAUUGAUUUA